AUGGAGGUCAAUCUGGUGCACCACAUCAACAUAUACGCCUAUGACGCCGCGAUGCCGCUGACAAUCGGGCAACCCUAUGUCUUCGAUGGUGCGUCGGAGCCGGUGCUUCCACCAAAGCUGGAAGAACAGUCCAUGCGCAUGCUAGCGUCCCACGACAAGGAAGCUGGGGACUACUUCCUGCCAAGCGGAUAUGGCAUCCCUUUCGGUAAGCAGGUACUCAUGGAGCGGCACUUUUUGUUUCCAAAGUGCUGGAAUUACGACGAGGAUGUCGCGGAGUCUAGCGGCAUGGAUCUGUAUGUGACCUCCUCACAUUCCCUAAAGCCGGCGGCUUUGAUAGGAGCCGUGAAUUUCAACAUGAAUAUCAGUCCGCAGCAAGGGCCUGUGGAGUGGGUGACCCGCAUCUCCGCAGAGAAGCUCAAAGGUCUUGUAUCUGGAGGCGGAAAUGAUUGGCCGGAAAUCUUGGCAGUCCACCAGCACACACAUGACAUAGCAAGCGGCAAGUUCUUCGAGAUCCUGAACAAGGACGGGUCCGUUGCUUUCCGAUCGGAAAAGGAGAAGGCGGGCUAUGGCUUGGAGGAGCAAUCCUUCGCCAACUUGCCGGAGAAAGGUUGGCCACGUUUGCGGGUCCAAGCAGGACAGCAGUUUCUGCAGCAUUGCUUGUUCGACUCUAAUCACCUUCAGCGGCCUGUGGUUUACGGCCUGGGCUGGGGCGAAGAGAUGUGCGCUCCGCUCCUUGUCAUUGGUGGCGUCCGUUGCAACGUUACUGUGCUAGAGGCACUCGGCCGGUUGGGCGGUCGAGCCCACACCUUGCACACGGGCGUAUUCGCCGGCAGGGAGGAGGGCGCGCACUGGGUUCAUGGUGGGAUCGACAAUGUGCCAGUAUCAACUUUGUUGGACAUGCAUAAGGUUGGGCAGGUGCGUGUCGGAGGGGAUGAUGACUACGAAGGGUCGCGAAGCCGCUUGUUGAUGCUGUCACCUUCAAACAUGCCUCUCAGUGCAGCGGAGCGAGACGUGUCUUUCGAUCUCUUCGAAUCUGCCCGGGCCGCGAGCGAAGCAUUUGCGGCAGACAAGCUCUCGGAGAAAGACUUGGGCACGUCGGUGGCGGAUGUGUGGCGUCGUGCACUGGCGGUGAAUUACUCCUCUUAUGGCCGAGCUCUUUUGGACUGGCAUCAGAAAGUGUCUUACGAACAGGACUCAGGUGCCUCCAUUCAAGAGCUCAGUGCUCUGGCUGAAUAUGUAGAGGAUUAUUCGGACUUCUACUCCAAUCGCUCUGACGGUUGGGAGAUGCAUGGGGACGGCUUCGUGAAAGGUGGCUAUUCCACAUUGGUUCAGCGUUUAGCUGCCGGGUUGGAGGUGCGCUUGCAAUCUCCGGUGUCGCGAAUUGAGUAUUCGAACGACAGUGUCGCCAUUACAGUCAACGAGCAGACGCUUCGAGGCACAGCAGUCAUACUCACGGCCUCAGUGGGAGCAUUGCAGGCUGAGAACAUUGCCUUCGAACCAGCGCUGCCCAGCUGGAAGCACGCUGCACUGAAACGCCUGGGCAUGGGUAAUGUUGCCAAAGUGCUGGUGAAACUCUCAAAGGCCAUACCCCUACUUCAUGGAGUCUACUCCUUGGGGCGGCUGGCUGAAGGAGAGGAGAAGCAUCGGCAGCUCCUCUCCUACUGUAUCUGCGACGAAAUGGAGGGCUCCAGGUCACCGAUCCUAGAAUGCUUCCUAGGCGGCCAGCAGGCCAUCACUGCAGAGAUGAUGGAUGCUGAUGAGUUGAAUCGUCAAGUGGCUUCCGAGCUUCAUGCUGCUCUUGGGGCUGACGUAGAGGAGGUCAUGAUUACCAAAUGGUCCAGCAACCCUUACAUCAAGGGUGCUUGGAGCUAUGCUCGAGUGAACUCGUCUGUGGAGGACUUCGAUGCUUUGGCACGCAGCAUCGGCAAGCUUCACUUCGCUGGAGAGGGUACUUGCAGACUCCUCUAUGGAAAUGUGCAUGCCGCAGUGGUGAGUGGAGCUCGCGCAGCUCAUCAGCUUCUGAAUCUGGAGAGACAUGCAGAAGACAGCUGGAACGACCGCUGGGAGACCGCCACUAGGACAUUCUGCAGCUAUGCACAACUUCUGGAGCAAGGCAACCAGAAGUUUGCCGAGGAUCCGGCAGUCGAUUGGGUUAACACCCAAAGAUCUGGGGCUCUGGUGGCCGGUUUCUGCCUAGUUAUUAACUGUGCCAGCCCGACCGAGAAGAAAAGUGAUCGUCACAAGACUGUGCAUGCAGUCGAAGCUAUAGGACCAAUGCCAACCAUUCUGAGCUCCUUGUCUUGUCUCGGAUGCAAUGCGCCAGCAGACUUAGGCGUUUCUGUCAGCUUGGCGCUGCAGCAGAUGUUGUCUGGGGAGUCGUUUCGCGAUAUUUCUGCGUCCCAGGUCGGGGGCCUUACCUGGACAGGCAAGCCGUGGCUACGAAGCGAAAGCACCGGAAGAGCAAACGGACUCUCGCCGCUGCUGAGGCGACCGGCACGUUCAAGGUCUACAUCGACAUCAGCGCGAACGGCAGAUUCUCCUCUGCCUCGGGGCCGACGCAGCGCGAGAGUGGGGGCCGAACGCGGGCGCGCAGAGAACAGGAACAGUGCUCAGCCAUUGCCCUGGCUCCUUCGUGGCUCAGUGGCAGAUCACCUCCUGGGCAGGGUGCGCGAAGUGCAGAACCACAGAGCCAUCGUGCAGCUCUACUGGCGAUCUCCGCAAGGAUUGAGGGAGCUUUCGCCCGUGCAGGGGUUCAUCGAUCUGCAGGCCGGUGUUCCGGAGGCAAGCGGCAAUGACGAGGCAGGUGGAUUGCCGAGGCCGCUGAGGGUGGGUCAGGAUGUCAGCGUGCGCGUAAGCCCACUUGCAGCUCAUAUGGAAGCAGACGAGCUCCGCUUGAAGCUCUCACCAGAGGCAAGAUUGCCGCGACGGCCAUCACUGAGACGGGCGCUUGAAAAGGCGGCCUCGUCCCGAAAGCGUGGAGCAUCCGAGUGGCUUCCGAAGAAGGAGCGCCAUAGCUCCGUGUAUUGGGGUGCUGCCCAAGCUCUCCCAUUUCUUCUGGCUGGACGUGUGGGAAGGCACCUUCGAGGAAAGGUGCAAGAGCUGCGCGGCAGAAGUGUCGUUGUGCAGAUCUUCUGGGAGAUGUCUCCUGUUCCAGGUCUUGAAGAGCCCCAACUUGGACCGGUGAAAGGAAAAGUCCGCCUCAAGGAUCUUGUGGCUGCGUAUGGAAUAAGCCGCCACCAGCGACCGCCGCCGAAGUGUGCUGAUUUCCUACAUGAGGGUCAGUCGGUUUCUGUCGAAGUCGCCGACAUGCCCUCUGACCAGUCUCUCAACUUCGUGCUUUCGACGCACCAGCCAGUGCUGCCAUCCUCCGUGCCAACACCCCCAGGGCGUGUGCCGCCGGAGUGGCGGGACUUUCUUGAUACGCACGGGCUGGUGGUGGAGUUCGCCAACCUCAGACUCCCGCCGGCUGAAGCGCUGGAAGUCUUUCAGCGCGAGCCGCAUGACUGGUCGGGGGGCAUGAGGACCUUGGCAACUGAAACGCUUGCAGCCACGAUUUGGGAGCUGACGCAGAGAGGGCAAGACGUCGUGGUGACUGGUGCAAUGCCAGCAGCAGAGCGGCUCUUCCUCCAGACCCGGCUGGCUCUUCGGCACGUAGCAGCUCUACCAAGAACACCGCCUGGGCUUCCGGACGUGUUGUUCCUCUGCAGCGGAAGCAUUGCUCGCAGGUUCAGAAAGAUAUGUGCAGAUGGGUCGCACGACGAGGGUCAGAUUCAUCAGACGCUUGCCGGCACCACCCAUUGGGUUCUUGAACGUGCCAGGAACAAUCCUGAGCUGCUUUCCCGAAUCUCCUUGUUCAUUGUGGACGGAAUGUGCGCUAUGCAAGAACUCCUCGAGCUGCUCAACUUCCUGCCAAGCGGCAGACGAUGGGGACCGAGCUACCUUUUCCAUCGGGAGACCUUGCCUGCCAAGAACACUGCGGCAGAGACUGCCUUGGUCGAUGCCCCCGCCCGAUUGCAGCUGGCAAAUGGCGUGAGGGGGGCCCACAUCUCCAUGCGGAUGGUCAAUGCGGACGAUGCCAAAGAAGCUGCUGCAUUGAUUGCGCAGUUGCACACCAGGCAAAGCAUCCUGGUGUUCACGAGCGAGAUAUCGGCUCUUCAAGACGAGUUGCGCAGAGUCGUGGCGGUGCAAGCGCUUGCAUCCGAGAGGCUCUGCAUUGUGCACAGCACCGAGCGGUGGCGGGCGUCCGCCAGCUUCGACAUCCUGUUGCAUGUGUCUCCUCCUCCGACCACUGCUGAAUAUCUGCGACGCUUGGCCUCUUGCAAGAAGGAGGCUAUUUCGCUGGUCGCGGCGAGUUUGGAUGACCCACCGACGUGGAGCCACGUCUGGGCCAAGCAUGUGUCGGAUUUUGCCACAGGUUUGCAGAUGGCCAAGCUCCGGGAAGACCUUGCUGAGCUCUCCGGGCCCCCAGACAACAACGAGACGGAGCGCGAGGCACCGCGAGUGGCCGAAGUCGAGCUGUCCAACUCCUUCCAAAAGGAUUACAUGGUCCAAGGAGAUGAGGAGUUGCUUGGAUUGAUUGGUCAAGACGAGACUGCAAUACACUGGCCGCCCGUGGCACAUUUUGAGCUGGAUGUGCCAGCUACAGAGCGAGCUACUGCAGUCUUGAAUGAAGGCUCCGCAACGACUCCAGCACUCUCCGCCACAGGGGAGGCAGGGAUGACCUUGCAGGGCCGCGCGAAAGGCAGUUCCGGCUUUGAGGCAGUGGUGGUCGUUGGCAGAGCUGUCCCCGCCGGUGACUGGUCUGCUAUGCCGCACAGCAUGCAUGGAGAGCGGGAGAGGCAAGGCCUGCCUACGAAUGUCUUGACUGGCCAGGUAGACCUCCCCGUGCCAGAGGAUGACAGUGACGAUGAAGGAUUCUGGGGCGAGCUGCCUCCUGCGAGAGCACCUCCGGCCGAGACAGCAGAGCGCGAGCGGCCCGAGAGUGCUGUGCCCGUGCAAGUGGAGCCGCUUUUUCAUCGGCCGGUCGAGCCGCACGAACCGCGGCAUCGCAGUCGGCUUUCUCAAAAGCAGAGGAAGCAACAGUCUUGGGAGAACCAAGCCUCCUGGUCAGCCCCGCCGGAGCCAGCGCAAGAACGGCCUUCUUCUGUUCCCCAGUUCGACAAGACCGUCCUUUCCCAAACAACCGACGGAUACGCCGCGAGAGAUCUUCCCAGUCUCAGGAGCGGGCCAGAAGAGCAAAGAGACAGGACAUGUCAGGUCGAUCACGACGUUGAGCUAGAUCCAGGUGCCGAGGAUGAGCGAUCUGUCUUGGAAGCGAUCUACGGCAACGAGUUCGAAAUUCUCGGCCCGAACGAGUGGAGGAUUGUUUUGCCCGGUGCUGCCGGUGCUCCUUCGGCAGCCGUUCGUUUCUUGCUCCCAGCUGGCUAUCCUCGCUCGGGCGAGCCACCCGUGCCGCUGUUCGAUUGCGAAGGAGCUUCGCAGGGUCUGCGACAUGCUGCGACAGAAGCCGUCGCAGAGUUGGUUGAGAACUGGCAGCCGCCAGAAGAAGGCGAAGGCUGCAUCUACCAGUGGGUGGAGCGCCUGCGCGAGUGUUUGGAGCCAGCGCUGGCAGCUGAAGUUCUGCAAAGGGACGAGUUGGACGCGGCUUUUGCUCAGUCCCUCGCUGUGGCAGAGGAAGCGGCAGCAGCACAGGCUGCCACUUCCAAAUCUUUUACAUUUCUUCCGGCGAAUCCACAGUAUGGACAGAGGCGCCGUGUUUUUGAUGCGGCCAGCUUUGAUGACGCGAACGCGGUGGAAAUUCUUCGUGGUGAAUCCUUCGUGGACAGAAAGUCUACCUUUCAAGGCUUCGCAGCCAAAGUCUCGAACCAGGGCCAAGUGAACUGGGUGCUGCGCACGCUCCUGGAGGAUCGCAAAAUCGCCGUCGCCACGCACAACAUGUUCGCCUACAGGUUCCGCGAUGAUGACCGCAACAUCCAAGUCGCGGACAAUGAGGAUGACGGAGAGGAUGGCGCCGGCUCAAAGCUAGCGGAGCUCCUGAAUCUCGCAGGAUGUGAGGAUGUCUUCGUGAUGGUUAGCCGGUGGUACGGAGGCAUUCAUUUGGGCCCAGACCGAUUUAAGCACAUCGCCCGUGCAGCUUCAGUUCUGUUGGACGAAGCUGGCUGGAGCAGCAGAGGUCGCGGCGCCAGUAGCACAGCACAGCGCAGGAGGAAGUCCCGGAAGCAUCGUUUUUCUACUACCGCACUUGGGAUGCAGGACAAGUUCGCCGCGCUGAGAACCAAGAUUUUCACCGAGUCCAUCGAGAGCUCCAACGAGCCCAGGUGGGGAUACUUCGGCAUACCUGGCCCGUUGGCCAUCGGAGACAACUCGUACGCACCAAGGCUGGUAAAGAAGGUGGUGUCAGAAGAUGAGGAGGAAGUCACCAGGAACAUUCAAACCGGGCCGACAAAGAAGGGAACGACCCCAGACGUUUACUUCCAGUUCGAAACACCACUGGGACUUGGCGAUCCGUAUACUGAUCCUGGGUCUGCGAUGAAGAAGGGGAAAGGAUGGAUGUUAGAUCCGGAUGCCGCCUUCAAGCCUCCGGGAACAGUGAAGACAGGCAUCAACAAGCUCGGUUACGAGUAUGUCGAUCACUGUGAUCAAGUCAAGGACCCGAAGGCAGUUAAGGAGAAGUAUGCAGAAUGGACUCCUCCUCGCAACAUCUUCGGCGGAAAUUCCAAGAGAGGUGGGCCCGGAGUCCUGACUGGAGGGGUGCUCUUUGGCUUCGGGGAGCCGGGCGCUUUUCCGGAACAUGUUCCAGACGACUACGACUCUGCGAGGAAGCAGCGCAAGAAGGAGCUGGAGGAACACCAUAGCAAGGUCCAGGAGCAGCCUUUCAAGGGCAUCGACUACGGCAAUCGGUUCUUCCAGAGCAAUGAGGAUGCAUUUGGAGGAUACGAGCAUCCCACCCAUGUCCCGCGCGAUCCUCCGCCUGACAAAGCUGCGAAAUACCCCCAUGAGUCGCCCUUCCGGCCGACCAACCCGAUGAAGAGAGAUGCCGUGGGCUGCCUCAUGGGUGGAAUUCCAGAGUAUAUCCCCUGUCCAGAAGACCCUCUCAAACGUAAGCCAAAGGACGAGGAUGCACCGCCGGCGUUUAAAGUGGGCGCUCCACGGCAUGUGGUGAAGCCGACGCCAUCUGUCACCACACUCACUCGCAACAUGCGAAACGAACGCCCGUCAAGCUUCAUGCGACCGAUCUUGUGA